AUGCCUUUGUCUGUAGCAAAGAGACUGGGAUAUCACAAGUACCAAGCCUGCGGAAUCUCACUAGUCUUGGCAGAUAGAUCGAUAAGGUUACCAACUGGGAUGCUUGAAGACCUGCCUUUGAGGAUAGGGAAUGUGGAAAUCCCCACAGACUUCAUUGUGCUUGAGAUGGAUGAGGAACCAACAGAUCCAUUGAUUCUAGGAAGGCCAUUCCUAGCUACAGCAAGAGCAAUGAUAGAUGUCUGUGAAGGAACAAUUGAGUUAAACUUGGGAAAGGACCUGAAGAUGAAGUUUGAUAUAAAAGAUACAAUGAGGAAACCAACUAUAGAAGGUCAGCUCUUUUAUGUUGAGGAAAUGGAUCAGUUGGCAGAUGAGCUUCUAGAAGAGUUAUCAACAGAGGAUCCACUACAAGUUGCUUUGACCAAGGAUUCUUCAGAGGGAUAUGUGAGCUCAGAAACUGAUGAGCCAGUUUGCGAAGUCAUGGCAGUGAGCUCGAUCAAGAACUCGAUCGAGUCGAGUUUCGAACAAACGAACUCGAUCGAGCUGGGGACUGAGAGCAAGGAGCAAGCUCAAGGAGAUUGGUCUGAGCUUAAGGCGCCUAAAGUCGACCUCAAACCUUUGCCUGAGGGCCUCAGGUAUGCAUUUCUGGGUGAAAACUCAACUUACCCUGUCAUUGUGAACUCUGAUUUGGAACCUGAACAGUUGAGUGCUUUGCUUGUUGAAUUGAGAAAGUACAGAAAGGCAAUAGGUUACACUCUAGAUGAUAUCAAGGGGAUCUCCCCUGACCUAUGCAUCCAUAGGAUUCAUCUAGAGGAUGAAAGUAAGUCAAGCAUUGAACCUCAGAGAAGGUUGAACCCCAAUCUAAAGGAAGUAGUGAAGAAAGAGAUACUCAAGUUGCUUGAUGCUGGGAUAAUCUAUCCCAUCAGUGAUAGCACUUGGAUAUCUCCAGUUCAUUGCGUCCCAAAGAAAGGGGGGAUCACUGUCAUUAAAAACGACAAAGAGGAGCUGAUUCCCACUAGAACAAUAGUGGGGCAUCGCAUGUGUAUUGACUAUAGGAAGCUAAAUUCAGCAUCUAGAAAGGAUCAUUUCCCUCUCCCUUUCAUUGAUCAGAUGUUAGAAAGAUUGGCAAACCACCCUUUUUAUUGUUUUCUUGAUGGCUACAGUGGUUUCUUCCAAAUCCCGAUCCACCCUAAUGAUCAGGAGAAGACCACUUUCACAUGCCCUUAUGGCACCUUUGCUUAUCGAAGGAUGCCAUUUGGGCUGUGCAAUGCUCCAGCUACUUUCCAGAGGUGCAUGACCUCCAUUUUUUCAGAUCUGAUAGAGGAGAUGGUAGAAGUCUUCAUGGACGAUUUCUCAGUCUAUGGAGCAUCCUUCUCCUCAUGUUUGUCUAACUUGUGCAGGGUGUUGCAGAGGUGUGAGGAGACCAAUCUAGUACUCAACUGGGAGAAGUGCCACUUCAUGGUUCGAGAAGGGAUUGUGCUUGGACACAAGAUUUCCGAGAAAGGGAUCGAGCUCGAUCGAGCUAAGGUGGAUGUCAUGUUGCAGCUCCCUGUUCCCAAGACUGUGAAGGACAUAAGGAGUUUUCUGGGUCACGCAGGGUUCUACAGAAGAUUCAUCAAGGAUUUCUCAAAGAUAGCAAGACCCUUGACAAGGCUUCUAUGCAAGGAGACAGAUUUUGAGUUUGAUGAAGAAUGCCACAAGUCUUGGACCUUGCUGAAGGAUGCUCUGGUGUCUGCGCCAAUAGUACAAGCUCCAAACUGGGAUCACCCAUUUGAGAUUAUGUGUGAUGCAUCUGACUAUGCAGUAGGAGCAGUGCUUGGCCAAAAGAUAGACAAGAAACUCAAUGUCAUCUACUAUGCAAGCAAGACUAUGGAUGAUGCUCAGUGCAAGUAUGCAACCACAGAGAAGGAGCUCCUUGCCAUAGUCUUUGCCUUUGAGAAGUUUCGAAGCUAUAUAGUUGGAUCCAAGGUGAUUGUGCACACUGACCAUGCUGCCCUUAGACACAUCUUCGCUAAAAAGAUACAAAGCCAAGACUUCUCAGAUGGAUCCUUUUGCUUCAAGAGUUUGAUAUAG